AUGUCUGCUAUCGGAUUCGAAGGCUUUGAGAAGAGGCUCGAGAUUUCCUUUUUUACCCCUGGUCCUGACCCUGGAAACCGAGGUCUCCGUUGUUUAACAAAGGACCAAAUUGACGAAUUUCUAGCACCGGCGGAAUGCACGAUUGUUUCUUCACUAUCGAACGAUUCACUCGAUUCCUAUGUUCUAUCGGAAUCCAGUCUUUUUGUUUACCCAUACAAGAUCAUCAUCAAAACAUGUGGCACUACAAAGCUACUCCUUUCUAUCCCGGUUAUACUCAAAUUAUCCGGUGAACUUUCACUCACUGUGAAAUCCGUUCGAUACACCCGUGGAAGCUUUAUCUUUCCCGGAGCUCAGGUGUACCCUCACAGGAGCUUCACUGAAGAAGUAAUGGUACUCGAUAGCCACUUUGGAAACCUUGUUUCCAAUGCUUAUGUCAUGGGAGGUGAUGACAAGAAUCAGAAAUGGCACGUCUACUCUGCUUCAGCUGAAGGAAUGGAAUCCGUUUCGGUUUACACUCUUGAGAUGUGCAUGACAGGUUUAAGCAAGAAGAAAGCAUCGGUGUUUUUCAAAUCGGAAUCGAGCUGUGCGGUGGAGAUGACUGAAGGUUCUGGAAUCCGUAAGAUUCUUCCGGAAUCUGAGAUUUGUGAUUUUGAUUUUGACCCGUGUGGGUAUUCGAUGAAUGCGAUUGAAGGUGAUGCGAUCUCGACCAUUCAUGUGACCCCAGAAGAUGGGUUUAGUUAUGCUAGUUUUGAAGCUGUUGGUUAUGAUUUCAAGUCUGCGGAUCUGGGUUGUUUGAUUGAACGGGUUUUGGGCUGCUUUGAGCCGAGUGAGUUUUCGGUGGCUUUGCAUGGAGAUGAGUUGAAAGAUUUGGAUCUUGAUCUGGAUGAUAAUGGUAUGUGUGUGAAUGUUAAGGGGUACAGUGUUGAAGAAAUGAAGUUUGAAGAUUUGGGUGAAGGAGGGGGCGAGAUGGUGUUCUUUGGGUAUGUCAAGGGUGGAAGUGGUUGUGGGUUGUCUCCGCGAUCAACUCUGCAUAGAAGCUGUUGGAGUGAAACUGAGAAUGAGAAUGAGGAUGAGUGA